CUGAGUUAGUCAAAGAAAAACCAUCAACCUGGUUGAAGUGGUUCGCUAGCUCGCUAGUUCGUAACGUUGUUGUUUGUUAUUUUAGUUUUACUCUUAACGGUUUUGAGCUUUAAAGUCGCUUUGAAGACCUCCUCUCUCUCGCUCGCAGCAUAUCCCCCUUCUCCCGUUUUUAUUUCUUGACAAAUUGUUUAUUUAAAUCGGAAUACCAGUUUUUGAUAGUUUUUUUUUCUUUUUAAUUUUAUAUAUAAAUAUCCCCUAAAAAGGUGACAAUAACGAUGAUUUCACUGUCAACUACGGCUGCUGUACGAUGGCCUUUGAUGGUUCUAGUGGCGGCCAUAGCGUGCAUCGCUCUGACAUUAGCUAAAACCGGUCCAACACAUGACAAAGUUGUCGUUUGCUACUUGUCAACGUGGGCUGUUUACCGCCCUGGCAAAGGUUCCUACGCCAUUGACAACUUCGAUGCCAAUUUAUGCACCCAUGUCGUGUACGCUUUCGUUGGAUUAGAUAUCACACAAAAUGCCAUCAGGUCCUUAGAUCCAUGGCAAGAUUUGAAGGAUAACUACGGAAAGGCCGGUUUUGAUCGUAUAAAUGCCUUAAAGAAAACCCAUCCUCAUUUGAAAGUGACCUUGGCCAUUGGGGGCUGGAAUGAAGGUUCCAAGAACUAUUCCAUUAUGGCAGCUGAUCCGAUGCGUCGUCAAAGUUUUGUCGAACAAGCUUCUUCUUUCAUUCGAAAAUAUAACUUUGAUGGAUUGGAUUUAGAUUGGGAAUAUCCAACACAAAGAGGAGGAGAUCCAAAAGAUCGUGAAUCAUUUGUACUUUUAGCUAAAGAUCUUCAUAACAACUUCAGAAGACACAAUCUUCUCUUGACUACAGCCAUUGGAGCUUCAAAAGCUGUCAUUGAUCAAGCUUACGACAUCAAAGAGCUUUCUAAGUACAUGGAUUUCCUACACAUAAUGUGUUACGAUUAUCAUGGUAGUUGGGAUAGGAAAGUUGGUCCAAAUGCUCCUCUGGAAGAUGAUGGAUUCUUAAGUGUGAGAUUCACAAUUGAAUAUCUAAUGGAACUAGGUUGUCCGGCUUCGAAAUUAGUUGUGGGUCUUCCGUUUUAUGGACGAACUUACAAGACCGCUCUGGAUGGUUAUUUUGGUGAUGAAUCUGACGAUUCUGGCUUCCAGGGUCCAUUCACAAGAGAAGACGGUUUCCUAGGCUACAAUGAGAUUUGCCCCCUGCUGAGUAACAAGACAUCCGGCUGGACUAAAUUAUGGGACAACAGAACCUCCCAGGCAAUUGCCCGCAUGCGCGAUGAAUUAACCGGAGUGACCAAAGUUGUCGCUUACGACAGCACCCGCUCAAUAGCCAAUAAAGUUCGUUUUGCUGUGCAAAAGAAUUUAGCCGGUGCAAUGGUUUGGUCUGUGGACACUGAUGACUUCUUGGGAGAAUGUGAACCAGAAUCCGAUACCUUUACUGAAUUUGGCAAUGUAAAAGGUGUCAAACUAGCAAUACCCAGACGAAUCAAUACAAAUUAUCCACUCCUGAGAACAAUAAACGAAGGUAUUGUUUUAGCAAUCGAAGAAAUCGAUCAACAGAACUCAAUCGAGGAUGAAAAAACUAAACACAUUGAGCACAAUGAGAUUCCACAUGGAACCGUGGAUGAUCAUAAGGCAAGUCAUUCGGGAGCUUUAAGUUUAACAUCGCUAUCGAUGUCAACAAUUAUUCUGGUCACGUAUUCGUUCGUAAGUUUUAUUUGCUGAAACAAAGUUCUAAAAAAUGUGUAAUGUGUGAUUCCUAUAAAAUGUUAGUUAUGGUUUGCAUGUUUUUUUUUGUUAUAUAAAUAAUUUUAAAAGAAGAAAAAAAAAAUAAAAAUAAAAAUAUUGUAAAAAUUAAAUUAGUUUAAGAGUGAAAGAGUUUUGUAAAAUAAAGAAAAUGUAAGAAAAGAAAA